CAAUGAGAGAUGCAUCAAUUCUUUGCUGGAAGCGACUCAAAGGUCCUGCGCAUUGAUUGUUGAGCUGGAGGAACAAGGCAGGCAUUCACUCCCAAGCCAGGCUCAGUCCAGACUUUUUGCAGCAGAGAAAGACCCUCCGAAAAGUCUCUGAAAAUGGAGACUUCUCCAGAGAACGAUAACCCUACGCAUCUUGGGCUUUCCAUCUUCAACCUUCUCUUUUGCUGCUGUCCCCUCGGGCUCGCCGCCGUCUACUACUCUUGCCAGGUGAAAAAUGCCAACGCCGUGGGGGACAGCAACCAGGCCGCCAAAGCAUCCCGCACGGCCAACAUUCUCAACAUUGUCGGGAUCGUCUUCGGAGUGAUCGUUAUUAUCGCCAUCGUCGUUAUUUUCGUGAACAAUGCCAAUGCCGUGGGGAACAGCAACAUGGCUGCCAAAGCAUCCCGCACGGCCCGCACUCUCAACAUUGUCGGGAUCGUCCUCGGAGUGAUCGCUAUUAUUGCCGGCAUCGUGUUUUUCGUGGUCGUGGCAAAGAAGGCACACUGA